AUGCCGCAACCCCUGUGUUAUGCUGUAGGAAAAUUGAAAUAUUUAAAAGAACUUGAUUUAGGGUGGUCUAAGAUUACUCAAACUGCCGCUGUAACUUUAGCUGACGUGUUACCAUCACUGCAGUUGUUGGAAAAGCUAGUGUUGAAAGAGAUUGAGUUUGAUAAUGAAUGCCAAAAAUACCUGUGUUAUGCUGUAGGAAAAUUGAAAUAUUUAAAUGAACUUCGUUUAGAGUGGUCUGGGAUGAUUACCCAAACUGGCCCUGUAACUUUUGCUGAGGUGCUACCAUCACUGCAGAUGGAAAAGCUAAUGUUUGGAAAUAUUGGGUUUAAUGAUGAACGCCAAAAGCACCUGUUUCAUGCUGUAGGAAAAUUGAAAUAUUUAAAGGAAUUUUAUUUCGAUGGUUCUAAGAUUACCCAAACUGGCGCUAUAACUGUAGCUGAUGUGUUGCCAUCACUGCAGUUUUUGGAAGUGUUAGUGUUGGGAAAAUUUGAGUUUGAUAAUGAGUGCCAAAAGCACCUGUUUCAUGCUGUAGGAAAAUUGAAAUUUUUGAAGAAACUUGGUUUAGGGUGGUCUAAGAUUACCCAAACUGGCGCUGUAACUUUAGCUGAGGUGUUACCAUCACUGCAGUUGUUGGAAGAGCUAGUGAUGAACAUGAUUGAGUUUGAUGAUGAAUGCCAAGAACACCUGUUUCAUUCUGUAGGAAAAUUGAAAUAUUUAAAAAAUUUUGAUUUAUUCUGUACUAAGAUCACCCUAGCAGGUGCAGCAGCUCUAACUGAUGUAUUCCCAACCUUGCGUAACUUAAGAUUGAUUGUGUUAUCAAAGAUAGAAAGUGAGGAAUCUGAAACAUCAGGUGAUGAAGAAAGUGAGGAAAAUGAAACACCCAAAAGUAAACUCAAAGCAGCGGCACACCUUGUUCCCGGAUUGGAAAUACGGUGGCUUUAG